CAACUAAAUCAACCAACCAUUCAAUAUUGGCUAACAAUCACAAGCCUUUUCUCUCUAUUUCAUCCUCACAUUUUUCCCAUAAUUUUCUGCACAUUAAUAUAUCCAAUGGACUCUACAACCGAAAUCACCCAUGAUUUUCCACCCUUUUUUAGGAGAUUUAAAGAUGGCCGUAUCGAACGUUUUGUCACAACCCCACGCCUACCACCAUCUACUGAUCCCAUCACAGGAAUUCAGUCCAAAGAUGUUGUUAUAUCACCCGAUAUCGAUAUAAAAUCUCGAAUUUUCCUUCCAAAGAUUAAUCCUAGUGAUCCUCCAAGAAAAUUGCCUCUUAUAAUAUACGUGCAUGGGGGUGCUUUUUGCAUUGGAUCACCUAUUAACAUUAUCACACAAGGCUUUCUUACGCCUUUAGUUUCUCAAACUCCGUCUGUAGCCAUUGCAAUUGGCUACAGACUCGCCCCGGAACACCCUCUCCCCACUGCAUACCAUGAUUGUUGGGCCGCGUUCCAGUGGAUCGCGGCCCAUGCAAAUGGUUCAGGACCCGACCCAUGGAUCAACGACUAUGUUGACAUGAGUCGGGUCUUUUUGGUUGGGGAGAGUGCAGGGGCGAAUUUGGUUCAUUACCUUGCAGUUCAAGGUGGAGUUAAUAAAACCGGGUUGAGUAUCAAUGGAUUGAUCACAUUGCACCCGUAUUUCGCUCAAAAAGAGGCAGAUAAAUUGAUCCGGUAUUUGUACCCGGGUAGUUCCGGGUCAGAUGAUGACCCGAAACUUAACGCGGGUGCAGAUCCUAAUCUUGAGAAAUUGUGUUGCUCAAGGGUAUUGAUAGCAGUGGCAGAAAAGGACUUUUUGAAACCAAGAGGAGUGCAAUACAAGGAGAUAUUAGAAAAGAGUAAAUGGAAAGGGAAGAUUGAGUAUGUUGAGAAUGAAGGGGAAGAUCAUGUGUUUUAUUUGUUUAAUCCAUCAAGUGAAAAAGCCAGGGGUCUAUUUCAAAUGAUGAUUUCUUUUGUUAAUCAAGCAAUCUAGGAAAGAUUUUCUAUAAUGUAUUGUUGUUGUUUAGUAUUAUUGAUAUCGACUUAUUGUUAUAACUUAUGUAGCAAAAGGUUGUGGUGUGGUCAUGUAUUAAUGGAUUGGUACCCAAUUAGGUAUGAAUAAAUCUUAUUUUUAGUAUGAAAA